AUGAGUCAACAUAAAUUUUGGCUUGGAAUAACACCAUUAAAAAUUCCAUUGUCCCAAAACGUACCUGAUAAAAUUGUAAAACUGUGCUCCUUAGGUACAGAUUGUAUUGUUUUAGGGAGUGAUCAUGGAGUCUAUCAUUGUAAUGUUGAAACUGAUUCCAUAAAUUUUAAAAAAGUUAGUGGUAUCACGGCAAUCGACAUAUCCUAUCAUAAUGAUAUUCUUUACAUUAUUGAUGUUCAUGGAAGACUCUAUAAAUCAAAUAUCAACUUUAAAAAUAAGGAGGAAAUCGUCGUUAAAGAAGAUUCCAAAUGUUGCCCUCAUGGCUUUAAGAGUAAUAGUUUUAAAGUGAAAUUUAGGAAUGUUGUGACUAGUGAUUUUGGACAGCUUUUUAUAAGCAGUGAUGGUCAGUUAUGGGGGUCAGGUGUUAUGCCUCAAAUAGCUUUAGAAAGUAAUAAUAUCAAGAAAGUUCCAUUUUUCGAAGGUAGAACUGUGUACAGUGCAUCUGUCGGACAAAAUUUUGCUGCUGUGAUAGCAAGAAAAAAUGUAAGAAACUCUGGUAAUUGUGACACAGAUAGUGAUAAUGAUGAUGAAGAAGUGUUUGCAUCAAAUUGUUCACAGUGUCAAACAAUAAUAGGUCUUGCAUCCCCUGCGUCAGUCCCGUCUUUGUCAGAGACUUGUCCACUUGGAGUCCAUAUCAGUAAAUCUAGUGAGGAUUCAAGUAGCACUACAGCGCCUCAAACUGAUGUCCAUAUUGAUGCUCAAAGCUUUACUGAAGAUUCUAGUCCUUCAUCAGAAGAGUCUAAGGUAACAAAGAAUAACAUUGUACAAAGUGUGAAUACUUUAGAAGCUGAUCAGAACCUUCAAAAGAAUCAGUCUGAGGAUGAUAAUGUAACAGAAGAAGAGGUUGGAACACCACAAGGAAGUAAUGAUAAAAUCAACAAUAUAUUUAUCAAUACAGAUGCAGCAAAACAAUUUUUGAGUAGACAAUUAUCUUGGGUUUCAGCUGGUGAAGAUUAUUUAGUUGAAUACACAGAAAAACCAACAAGAAUCAUAAAAGAAAAUGUCUCAAAUCUCACUAACUUUGUGUAUGAGGGGGUAAAGACUGUGGGAGAUAAGGUUGCUACUUUGUCAAGACAUGUAAGUGGUAGUAGUGAUACCAAUGAGGUCGUUGAACUUCAAAACCAUAUCCAAGCUGAAGAAGUCAACUCUCUUAUGUACAGCUGUGCCUCUAAUGGUAAUUAUGAUGAUCUACAUUUUUCAGCAAGUACAAUUAGUAGUGAGAAAGAUUAUGAAGCUCUCAGAAAUACAGAAAACCUCAAAAACAUGUCUAAGCUUGGUAAAAAUAUCUUAGCCACUGAAUUAUGGACUUGGGGUGAUAUUACCUAUGGACAGCUUGGAAUUGGAGAUACAGUAAAAAGGGUUAAGCCUAUGGUAGUUAUGAGUCUCUCUGGUUUUGGUCUUCAAAAGGUCUCUUGUGGUAAAUGGCAUUGUGCAGCUCUAACAUUAGAUGGAAGACUGUUCAUUUGGGGCUACAAUUAUUUCCAUCAAGUUAGUUUUGAUUCUAGAGAAGACAAAAGUGGUCCAAAACAGUUUACUGAAAACUCUGAGAGUGACCGUAUUAGAGAUAUGAUUGCAACCGACCAUCAUACCCUCGCUUACACUCAAAAUGAAAAUAUUUUGUAUAUGGGUAAACACAUAGAAGGAUUUACUGAAUCUAUAGUUAAUUUGAAUACUAAAAAAGAGAAUCCAGAAAGUGAAAACUUGAAAGAUUUUAUAGUAAAAAGUAACCAGGCCCAAAGUUAUGUUAAAAAGCCCCAAAAUAUGUGUUAUCAUUGGAGAAUACUGUCUUCUGGUAACAUUAGUUAUUGCUCUGUAGAGGAAUCUAACAUAAGUCCUGAAUUUCAAAAUUUGUCUAUUGCUCAACGAUAUCUAGAAGAAAUGAUUCUAAUUUAUCAGUCACUUGUCAAACCUUUUCUUAAAAAAAGCAAAGCAAUUACCUUACAUUCCAAUGUAUAUGAAACUGUAUGUGAUAUAUUUGGCGAUAUUUUGAACAUAACAGCAUUGAAUGUGCUCUCAACUUGGCAAUAUGCUGAAAAGCAUAUACACGAAUGUGAUAUAUCGUUAAUAAAAAAUUUAGAAGAGUAUAUUUAUUUGUACAAAAAGUAUUACUUAGCUAUAAGCAAUUUAAUUGUUAUUGGUGGAUUUGCUCAUAUUAAUAAUGUUAUUGAUGUGCCAUCAAGUGUUUAUAAUUUAUUCAGUGAUCAGCUUCCAUCGAACAAACAGAAGAACAAUAAGAAAACAUUGGAAGCUGUGGUGGCUUUAGCUUUUGUGCAGCCUUUGACUAGAUUAAGCUCAUAUAAAUGUAUUGCCCAGUCGUUAUUAAGACAUAAAACCAAGAACAAGAAGAGUGAAAUGAAAUUAAGUAUGGAAGAAAAGCUUAAUAAAGUUAUAUCAUCUUUAGAUAUGUUAAUAGAUGAUCAAGAAAAAAAGAGAAAGGAAGCAGAUAUGACAAAGUUGUUUUGGGAAACAAUAGGAAAGGCUUUAGAGCAAUACCGAACCCCAGAAAGGCGAUUGAUAAGGGAAUCUAAGUCUCGUCCAUUGAAUUUGGUGAACCCAGGACGCUUCAGUUCACAUUGGUUCAUACUAUUUAACGAUUUAUUUGUUCAUGUUAGUGGCAGUGUAAUAAAUGUUCAUCCUAUAGAGACACUGUGGGCUGAAACAGUGCCCAAUUCAGACUCGCUACAAAAUGUCAUACAGCUUCUAACACCAGAGGAAACUAUCUCAGUUUCAACAAGUACAGAACAAGAGAAAACAGAAUGGAUCCAUUCUUUUAACACUUCCAUUCGCACGGCAUUGAAUAAAGAGACACUUUUCAAACCUCCUGCAAUUAGAACAGCAAGCUACAUAUUUUCAAAUAAGAAUACAUUUUAUAAAGAAGCUAAAUAUAGUGGUAGAUGGUUAGAUGGCAAAAUGCACGGCCAUGGUAAAGUGGAAUGGCCUGAUGGGAAACUUUAUGUUGGCCAAUUUCAAUUAAACACACUAUGUGGUCAAGGUAAAAUAGAAAUACCCAAUGUCGGGACUUACGAAGGCCACUGGAAGGAUAACCUCCAAAACGGAUACGGCGUUAUAAAAUAUAUGUCAGGUGAUAUUUAUGAAGGCUACUUUAAAGAUGGCUAUCCCCAUGGACACGGGGUAAAAAAGCAAGGAGAUUUUAAGUCCUCCAAUGCAACUAUAUACACCGGAGAGUGGAUGAAUGGUGUCCGACACGGAUACGGCGUGAUGGACGAUAUUGGGAAAGGAGAGAAAUAUUUAGGCAACUGGACGGAUAAUAAGAAACAUGGCUGUGGCCUCAUUGUGACCUUAGAUGGUAUUUACUACGAAGGCUUAUUUACGCAAGAUGUUUUAACGGGUCACGGUGUGAUGGUAUUCGAGGAUGGCACUCACUACGAGGGCGAGUUCAGGUCGGCGGGCGUGUUCUCGGGCAAGGGGGUGCUCACGUUCUCGAGCGGGGACCGCAUCGAGGGUUCGCUCAGCGGAGCCUGGACCGAGGGAGUCAAAGUUACCAACGCUGUGAUGCAGCUCAAUGUGUCCAACCCCGCGCUACCUGCCAAUUCAAAACCGAAUUCGUUCGGCAAACUGAGCGUAGCGCCGAAUCAGAAAUGGAACGCACUCUUCCGUCAGUGCUUCCAGUGCCUCGGCGUUUCGGAAACUGUCUUGACUCCCACCGGUAACCACUUUUCAACGAGCCCCUCUAGCCCGCCCAUAGACAACGUGAAAAUAUGGCAGAACGUUGCCGUCGCUAUCUCUUGCUCGCAUAAACAGAAGCACAAACCAACAGCGAAGAACGCCAGUAGUUCCGAUAUAGAAAAAUCUGUUGAUUGUUUGGAAGUCAUACCACAGUUCGGCCAGAAGACUCUUAAUUAUAAUGAUUAUAUGGAGCUUAAACAAUAUUUAAAUAAUGCGUGCGAAUCAACACACCACCCGUUAGGUCAAUUGGUGCUAAGCGUCACUAGUGCUUUCAACACCACAUAUGGUGGUGUCAGGGUUCAUCCGCUGUUACUAAGCCAUGCCGUGAAAGAGUUGAAGAGUAUCACAACUCGGUUGUACCACGUGGUCCGGCUGCUGUUUCCGGCGCUGCCCAUAGAGGGCGCUGAACUUGUGCUUCCAUAUCCAGACGCAGACAUAAAUAGAGAGGAUAGUAAUCUUAUUGAAGGUGAAGUUGUAUCAGCAGCAACUUUACUGCAACCAACGCUACUGCCAAGAGUCCAUCCAGCUUUGUUCGUGCUAUACGCGCUUCAUAAUAAGAGAGAGGACGACCUCUACUGGAGGAGGUUGCUGAAGUGGAAUCGUCAGCCAGAUGUUACCCUCAUGGCCUUUUUGGGAAUCGAUCAAAAAUUCUGGCUGGGCUACACAAACCCGCACCGUAACAACCAAACGCCGUCCCCUUACUCGCCUCAAAAGGACCAACUGUUUCAAGAAUCGGUGGAGACACUGCAACAGCUGAAGACAACCUUUUCGCCGAUAGAAAAACUCCUAGUUAUACGUAGCACAUUCCAGAAGAUGACAACGGCUGUUCAACAACAAUUGGGUGCCAGCUAUUUGUGGGGCAUGGACGAGCUGUUCCCCGUAUUCCAGUUCGUGGUGGUUCGAGCACGAAUAUUGCAGUUGGGCUCCGAGCUGCACUUCGUCGAGGACUUCCUUGACCCUUCGGCGCAACAUGGGGAGCUCGGCCUCAUGUUUACCACGCUUAAGGCGUGCUACUUCCAAAUUCUGCAAGAGAAGAUGUCCAUAAACUCGUAA